AUUCAGUUAAUGGAGUCGUCCGAGGGUGUGAAAUCUGCGUACCUCUCUACCCAAGGUGAGGAGGUAUUAGGUAUACAGCAGCACUUUACCUAAUUCAUGUGACCCCAAUGUUACCUUACAUGCCAGCCAGCCAGCCUGUCUGCCUUCCUGCCUGCCUACGUAUGUAGUAUAUAUGUAGGCUGUGAUAAAAGGAGUUAAGAACGUGUACUACAAUCCGGACUUCCGAAGGUAAAAAGGCAAGUUGACAGGUAAUCGUCUGGGUUAUCCUAAGAACUUGGGAUAUGACCCUGUCGUGUACUAUCCUACCUGUAUUAGAAUUGUAGUUUACAAUCACGCCGGUAACAUCAACUUCACAAAUGUCUCCGAGACCUCCCCCUAGGACAUGGCAGAAGAUUGACAGGGAUCCCUCAAGUCAACUACACGUCAUCAUUGUAGGUGCUGGGCUCGGCGGCCUCGGUGCGGCCAUCGCCAUCCUCCUAGCAGGACACGAUGUGACAGUUCUCGAGAGCGCGUCGGAAAUCGGCGAGAUAGGGGCGGGCAUUCAAGUCUUGCCCAAUUCGUCGAGAAUACUGAUCUCCUGGGGACUUCAGGAGAAGCUCGCCAAGCAUGCGACAAUGCCUAGAUACGCCAACAUGAUCGGUUGGAAGGGAAAUCACCUAUCAAGGAUGGACCUUCAUGCCUAUGCGGAGGCCCUGGGAACUCCCUUCUGGGAUUUUCAUAGGGCCAAUCUACAUCAUUGCCUCAUGGACCGGGCUAUGGAGCUUGGAGCCAAACUCCAGGUCAGGUCGAGAGUUCAGACAAUUGAGUAUGCCGAAGACGGGCUAACGGCAACCGCCGUAUUGAGUGAUGGGAGGUCUAUGUCUGCGGAUCUGAUCGUUGGGGCAGACGGCAUCUCCUCUCGAUUACGUGAGGUUCUCCUCUGUAAACCGGAUCCCCCUCAGCCCACCGGGGACCUUGCCUAUAGGUUGCUCAUCAACGCAAGGGAUAUGCUAGACGAUCCCGAACUACGACACUUCAUCGAAGAUCCGCAGGUCAAUUACUGGAUAGGGCCCGACGCACACGCCGUCAACUACGUCCUUAGGGGCGGAGAGUUGUUCAAUAUGGUAUUGCUAGUCCCGGAUGAUAUGCCUGCGGCUUCCAUGACCGUGGAUGGAAAUGUAGAAGAGAUGCAAGCCUUAUACAAAGACUGGGAUCCUAGAAUUGGAAAGAUCUUGAGCCUCUGCCAAUCAGUCCAGAAGUGGAAGCUCUGCAUCCGCCCUACAUUAGAGAAAUGGACGCAUGAAUCGGGGGCUUUCACGCUAUUAGGCGACGCAGUUCACGCAACACUUCCUUAUCUCGCGAGUGGCUGUGGCAUGGCUUUAGAAGAUGGUGCGGCGUUAGGUCUCUGCCUCUCCAAAUUGACUAAUAAAUCUCGCGAGCAAAAGCUAUACGCGCUUAGAGUGUACGAGGAGUGCCGAAAGGAGAGAACGGAGAGGGUAGUAGAGAGAGGUAACUUCCAACAAUACAUGUAUCAUAUCCACGAUGGCGAAGAACAAAGGGAGAGGGACAAAAGAUUACAAAUGUUUGGGGAAAUUGACCAACACCUCCUCAAAACUCCGGAGGUUCUUACGGAGCCACGAGCAGGAUCAGGGGAUGACCCACUGCCUUGGAGGUAUCAUGGUGUCGGGGGCUGGUUGUUGACAUAUGAUCUCGAGAAGGAUGUAGAACAUAGAUGGGAACAAGUCCGGAGAGAAACCCAGGCACGGCCCCUUCUAUGAGUUGAUGUAGUACAAUCAUGUUACUCCUGAUUCACCCGAUUAAG